AUGACGAGGCCACAGACCACACAUAUGGACGACAACCACAACGAACACCCACUACUCGACCACGAAAGGCCACCACCAGUAUCAGAAGGCGCGAGCCUCGUCAACAACGAGAAGUCAAAGACAGGUCAACCGGAAAAGCCAUGGACACCAGGCUUUGGACCACGCUUCCCCUGGAUAGCGAGUCUGUCCAUACUAUUCUCUUUUAUCCUGGUCGGGCUCAUGAUCUCCAUCACAGUUCGGGCAGAUGACACGAAAGUCGACUCUUGGGCUGUGUCACCACCGGUUCUUCUUGCGAUUUUCUCCACUGUCGCCAAUGCCCUCAUCCAAGUUGCCCUGGUAAGAGGAGCUGCCAUUACGUGGUGGUAUCUUGCUAUGCGGCCGGCUCGUCAGAGUCUUGUUCAGGAUAUACACUGGCGCUGGGCAGCGGCUGGUGGCAUAGUCGAUGCUGUGGAGAGCAUUCUUCGCCGAGGCCUGAGCAAGACGGCUGUUGCGUGCUCCUUUGCAACGAUUGUGGCUAUCAACGCCCCGCUCUUGCAACGCGCGGUGGGCGUAAGAACUCGAGAAGACUUUAGAGCUGGUGUGCAAAUCGGUCCGGUGUAUGCAGCUCCGCGGCUCCCACAAGGCUUUGGCGCUGUGGCGCUUGGAAGGUACAAGGAGCUGAGCCCAGCGAAGAACUUUAGUGAGGUGAUGGGGGAGUAUUUCAGCAGAUCGCCAAUGAUGAUUCAGAGUGAUGGGGUCAACAUCACGGGAGAAUACACGACCGAGAUCACUGCUGUGGGAUAUCGCUUUGACUGCACGGCUGAGAAUACCACUAGACUCCCGAGCUACAGCGAGGUCGACGAAGGGUACCAGUAUUACACGGGUCUCGGUGCCAACGUCUUUGUCAGUUCUCCGGUUUACAGUGAGAAGCCAAAAGAUUUGUGGAAUGCCAAAUUCGUGGCCACGUUGCUGAAGAAUCCCCUUCGGGAGGUGGACACGAGAAAAGACGGCCGCCAGUUCUUUUAUGAUGCUGUGUGGAAGCCGGAGCAGGGGUGUAUAGACGCCACGCAUGGCAUCGAGGUUCGAUCACGCAACUGGUAUGUAAUCCUACGUCUUGUGUACUGUACCACCAGUUGUUGCAUUCUCCCCUGA